UCCCCACAUCACAUCACAUCACUGACCGCAUGCCCGCACCUUCGCCCAAACCCGCGGCUGAUUCUGUUUUUGGUUGGCAUUUCUUCUACCUCUGGAUUCAUUUUUGUACACGGGUAUGAAAUCUCUUCAACAAUGAGCUUCUACUGAUACGGUUUUACUGGUGUGACCUGGAUGCUCAGCCUCAGCGUUACGUAGGACACAGAGAAGCAGCCAUUACUGCGGAGCUUGCGUGUUAUUUAUUUUUUUUACAUCGUGCUGGGCGAAAUCAAACGGCGUUGCGGCUGAAGACUGAAAAACAAGGAGCUUCCUUAGACAUUAUAUACGCAGACACUUGUUCUUCAGCCUGAGCACCGAUUCAUAUUUUGAUGCCGACCAUACACUGAGCCUGGUGUCUGGGUCUCCAGUUUAGGAAGCAGUGAGGCAAGACCCUCAGCUCCACUACCAGGCGAUUCUGUGCAAUUAGAGAGUCUACACUUCCAUCUUUGGCAUUAUGGGAACCGUCCUGUCACUCUCUCCUAGCUACAGGAAGGCUGCACUGUUCGAGGAUGGCCCAGCCACAGUGGGCCCUUACACGGCUGUCCAAAACAGCAAGAAUGCCAAGGAUAAGAACUUGAAGCGCCACUCGCUCAUCAGCGUGUUACCAUGGAAGCGGAUAGUAGCUGUUUCAGCCAAGAAAAAGGGCUCUAAGAAAGUGCAGCCUAACACCACCUACCAGAACAAUGUCACCCACCUGAACAACGAGAAUCUCAAGAAGUCGCAGUCCUGUGCCAACCUCUCUACGUUCACCCAGGAUCAAUCAAGCCCCUCCAACCAAGGCUCGAAAAGCUCCAACAAUGUGGCCUCGUCUGUCAAGAAAGCACCUCUGUCCAACUCUAACGUGGCACCUGGAACGCCCAAGAGGGUGAUUGUCCAGGCCUCCACCAGUGAGCUGCUGCGCUGCCUGGGUGAAUUUCUGUGCAGGAGAUGCUACAGACUUAAGCACCUCUCCCCCACCGACCCAGUGUUAUGGCUACGCAGCGUGGAUCGUUCACUGCUGCUGCAAGGCUGGCAGGACCAAGGUUUCAUCACCCCGGCCAACGUUGUCUUCGUUUACAUGCUCUGUCGGGACGUAGUGUCUUCAGAAGUUGCCACAGAACAUGAGCUGCAGGCGGUGCUUCUUACCUGCCUCUACUUGUCUUACUCCUACAUGGGGAACGAGAUCUCCUACCCUUUGAAGCCAUUUCUGGUAGAAAGCUCCAAGGAAACAUUCUGGGACCGCUGCCUGUCCAUAAUCAACCUGAUGAGCGCCAAGAUGCUGCAGAUCAACUCGGACCCGCACUACUUCACCCAGGUCUUCGCAGACCUUAAGAACGAGAGCCAGAAGGAGGAGGAGAGGAGCCGUUUACUCAUUGGGCUGGACCGGUGAGGGAAAGUUGAAGUUGGUUUCCACCCUAGUCUGGCAUUUUUAAUGGGAUUCUAUACAAGAAUGAGCAAAAGUUGGAAGAAACAGA